UCAACUUCUGCUAUCUGGUAACACUACAAGAAACGACACGGCAGCAAAUCGGUUCACUGGCUAUUUUCGUUUAAUAAGGACUUUAUUUUACAAUGGACAAGGUUGUUAAAUUUGCCGAGCCUGGACGCGUCUUCGCCAAGGACUCGAUUCGACUGGUGAAGCGCUGCACCAAGCCCGAUCGCAAGGAGUUCCAGAAAAUCGCCAUCGCCACCGCUGUGGGCUUCUGCAUCAUGGGCUUCAUCGGAUUCUUCGUGAAGCUGAUACACAUCCCCAUCAACAACAUCAUCGUGGGCUCCUAAAUGCAGCAGGUGGCCAAGGGACCAGGAAGAACAAUACAAUAAUAAUAAAAUGUAAUUACGGUUCCAAAGGGAACUCUAGCAAAAUAAAAAUCCCUUUUUCGGAUUGUGUA